CUGAGCGCGACUCUUGUGUAGUCUGUUGACGGCAGCGAAACUGACCCGUCGGUCAUUUGGUGUUACACGCACGUUCCUCUGGAUCGACCACAUAAAUCGCAUGCAUUCGUUGAAUUAAAAUAAAAAUAACACACCAAAAUUAUCAGUGUUUGUUGCGUCUGUAUAAAUUGCAACACUUGUUAUCAAUAAAUUUCUGUGAUUUUUAAUUUUAAUUUAUAUUUUGUUUUUUGUGAUGCCACUUUUUCAAACUAAAAUUUUAUUACUGAAUUUUUUGUGGACUAUGUGAGAUCCAGAAAAUCUUUGUACAUGCUGUAGAUUAGAUCAAGUCAUGGGCCUCGAUGGGGCCAAGGCGUUGGUUGUAUUGUUACUCUACGCUUUACGAAUUCAUCACAAGGUACAUGCGGAUAUUAAAGUAGGUAAUGCAAUUAACGUUUUCAAUCGUUAUGGGUACUUCAGCAUAAGUAUGAGAGUAGUCCCAAGGAACGACACAGAUCAUACGUGGAUAUUCAGAGAACCAACAGUAGAUGUAUUUUCAAAUUUAGCAGGAAAACAAAGCAUUAAAAGAAGUAUAAACGGUGGUCAAGUAUUCCAAGGAGAUUUUCACAUGGAAUUUUGUGAUAAUGUCAAACAGUUAAUGCAAGCUUAUUUUCGAGAUUUUUCAGUGGAAAGAUUAGACAAACCUUGGCUAGCAUUUACGGGAAGUUGGUCAAAAACAACGUUAGCUAGAAAUUUAGGUUUGGAAAUGACUUAUGUAACUGGUGAUUAUAGUUACGUACUAGUUAGAGUAGCUAGACACAGAGAAAUAGCCACUCUUCCAAUAGAUAUGGAGAAUAGUGAUCUCCAUGAACCUGUAGCAAAACAAGCUGCGUCAGUUAAUGUUGGUGAUAGCAUGUCAGUUAUAGACUUUGUCAAAAGUUUUGGAUCUCAUUAUGUGACAUCCUAUGUUACAGGGAAUUCACUAUAUCAAGUAUUUGUCUAUGUGCCUAAUACCUAUAAGAUAAUAAAAGAUCGUUUAAAAUCAAAAGGAGUUUCUCAGAUCACUAAUCAUGAAUUGACAGGGUACUUUUCGCCUUGGUAUGCUGAACAUGUUGGGAAAAUUUUAUCAGCUAGUGGAAAUGAAACUGUUGAAAAUUGGGCUCUUCAAAGACUAAGAGUCAAGUUUUAUUUCUUUACAUUUGCAUCUUUACUUAAACUACAUGGUGAUACUAAACUACUAAGUGAACUGAAUGGAUUGUUAGGCAAUGAAGCUCUCCUAAAGUUAAGUCUGAAGACUUUAUCUCCAGCAUUUAAGGAUGUUAAAAAAAAAGCUUGGUUCCAUGAAGUUAUGGACAAUAAUUUAAAACUUUGGGAAGUCAAUAUGUCAUAUUAAUUGAUACAUCAACAAAACUGUAAUUAUUAUAUUUAACUGUUAAUUUUAUGAGUAAUUGUUAAUGUAUACUAGCAUAUCCUUUAAUGCCAAAUGCUAAUGUACCUAAAAAUUAUAGUUAUUUAUACUUUAUUCAAUUAUUUUUUUUUUAAGUAAUAAUUUUAUACUUUAAAUAACUUGUAAUUUUGAUUUUUUAAUAAAAGUUUAUUUAAGUAUA